AUGAACGAUUGUAACGAUUUUCGAAUCGUGAGCGCCAGUAUGGCGUGUCGAAAAAUGUCGCUGGACAAUGUGGCAAGUUCCAGUGGCACCAAACUGAGAUACACUUUGGGCGAGGUGACGUCACACUUUUUUUGUUGAUAAAUAGAUACAUCUUUAGAUGAAUAAACAAAUAAAUAAAUAAACUUUUUUUUCAGGUCGCCGCAACAAAUAUUGUACUAGAUGUGAAUGUUGGAAGUGGUUGGACGAGAAUUCGGCUAAAAGAAGUGCCACGCUUCCUUGUCCACGCAUUCAACAUGAUUUCCGAAUUCGGAAUGGAAGUUGAUGGGAUUUUUCGAAAAGAGGGAAAUUCGGCGAGAUUGAGUCGAGCAGAAGUGAAGAAUAUCUAUCGAGGAAUUUGUGAUAUUCCCAGCGACUACACUGUUAUCGAUGUUUGCACAAUGGUCAAGCGAUUUUUGCGCGAUUUGAAACCGCCACUGCUGGAUUCCGAGGAAUUUCGCGAUCGACUUUUGAAGCGCGGAAGAUUGGCCAAAAUAUCCGGACAAUAUGUUUUGGAUACCGAAGAGAUGGCCGAUUUGUUUUUUGAAUCCAAGGAACGACCAGAACCCCUGCUUUCUGAUAUUCAUUCUUCAACUCUUGGUUAUGUAAUGAGACAACUUGUUUUGGUAGGAGAACGCUUUUUUCUUUUCCUUCCAAAAUCUAUAAAAAUCUGAAACUUUGCAGAUCUCAAGACAAUCUGACAAACACAAAAUGUCAAUCGAUAACCUGGCUGUGGUUCUUGUUGGAAGUGUUUUCGGCGAUCGAAUUCAUAACCCAAAGAAGAAUAGCAGUAUUCAAGGAAGACGAUUCUCCCAAGAUGAUAUGCUUGCCAGAAAGAAGCAGGAUAUGGAUGUGCAUGUUUCAGCAGUCAAGAUUUUGAUCACCAAUGUAAGACUUCCCCCUUUUUUCUUCUCAAAAAUAAUUUUUUUCUAGGCCAAUCUCAUAUGCGUUCGUCGUGAUCCCUAUAUCGUUAGUAGCGCAAUGGUGAGAAGUUCUAGUGCGAUGCCAAGUAUGAGUAGAUCUGAUGGCCCUUCAUCAACAGCCACACCUCUUCCCUCAACAUCAAGAAAAGAAUCAACCUCGCCUACCCCAAGCUUCUCGAGAAGAGAUUCCGAACCUGUGCAUAAAAUUAUUUUAUCCGGAAGAAAGAAGGAUAAGCAGAAACGAUCCUCCUCAUUCUUGCCGAGUUUUCGCGACAUUCGUCAUCGAUUUGUGAAGCAGCGUGUGAAGAGUCCAAGCCCAGCGCGAGCUGUUGAAGUGAUUGUGAAUGAGGAUACGACAACAUCAUCGAUUGAUGAGACGAGGCGAGUUGCGCGAAAUAAUUCGAAGAGUUCAACAGCGUCGGGAAGACAAUCGAGAAGUCAGCAAUCGAGAAGAGGAAAUACGAAUUCAACGUCUUCGAAUGCGCGCCCGAAACUUGACAAAGUUUUCGAGCCAUUGAGGAGAGUUUCUGCGAGCGAGCAGAAUACAAGAUUGUCCAACGAGAAGAUUAGUGUGAAUGAGUUCUUGAUGUCCGAAUAUAUGGGAAAUGUGAAACCUUCGGAGAACCUGUCAAGCGUGACGAAUGGCAGAAAAUCGAAUAGAAAUCGUCGACACACUGCUCCUGUCAACAAUGGACUUCGAAGAAAUCGCCCGAACACAGUGGCUGGUGGAUUGCCGCAAAGAAGAGCAACUAUUUAUACGACUGUCAAUGGUGGAGCUGAGAAGGAGAAUAGUAUGAUAAAUAGUGAAACGGAAGAAGAUGAUGAUGAUAGUUUGACAAGAUCGAAGAAAUUGUUGGAGCAGAAGGCGAUGGAGGCACGGAAUAGGAAAGCGAAUUUGAAGGAGAAACGGCGCCAUCAACAAAAAACAGUGAGCACUGAGAGUAUGAUGGUUCUUAAUGGAUCGAUUGCGAAAGCUGAUUCGAAUCCUAGUAUUGAAGAUGAAGAUCGGGAAGAUAAGGCGACAAAUAAAGCGCUUGGUGAAGUCAAGAAGAUGUGUGAUAUGGCGACGUCGCCGAUGGUUUUUGAUAUGGGAAUGGUAAGAAUUUUGUGUUUUCUAAAAAUCACCAAAACUAAUAUUAAUAUUUCCAGACUUCCCCAAAAUCCCAUGAGAAUGGUCAUGUUUGUGUUUAUUCAAAAGUCGUCAUCGAGGACUCACCGGUCAUCGCCAGACGUCAAUCAAGAGCUCGUCUCUCCUACUCCAAAGCCAACGACACAAAUCCGAUUCUCUCGCCAGUUAUGAGACACGUGGCACAGAUCAAUAAUUCGCCACCAAUUAUCACCACCUCGACGUCGGUCACGCCAAGAACAACGCUUUCACCACUGGUGAUAAAGCAGAUUCUGGAUGAUUCGCCGUCGGUUUCGGAAUCCUCACCUCCGCCGCCACCUCCAGUUCCACCGCAUUCGCCACCAAUGUUGACACCACAAACAUCGAAGGCCGCAAUUGAUGUGGUUGCUCGAAGACCACCAACACCGCCGGCGAAUCCACGAGUUUCGGAUCCAUUCUCGCCCAAACUUCCUGUUCGAAGCUUGGUGAAUCUGGAAAAGACACCACCGCCACCCGCUAUGGCGCAAUUCAAAUUGCCCCAAAUGCCGAUUAUGAAAAGGGUGAGUUUUCUCAAAUUUUCUCAAAAAAGUGUUUAUCAAAUUGCCACGUCAUAGACAUAUUUCGAAUUCCGGAAUAUUUACAUUUCAGGUUAAAAAUUGACGUAUUCAAAAUUGUAUUUCGAAAUUUUCAUAGUUUUUUUUUUUGAAAUUCAAAAUGAAUUUUGUUUCUUCUAUAAAUGGGAGGGCAAUUGCCACGUCAUAGGUCACGUCGAAAUUGUAUUCAUUUUUUUUGCAAAAAAAAUUUCAAUAAUACAGAUUCACGUGGAAAUUGUAUUUAUUUUUUCUCUAGAAUUUUGUAUUCAAAAUACGAAAUUCUUCAAUAAACGUCAUAAAAAUUACGAAAUCCUUGAAAUUCUGAAAUUUUACAGUCACCAUUGACCCAUCAACCUCAAUCAUUGAUCUCACUCCGCGAACCGCCUCGACAUGGCCAACAAACGUAUCAUCAGCAAUCUUCCGUGCCGCUUUCCGCGCCCUCUCAUAUUUUAAGCGGAAAUGAGGGCGGAAUGUCGCCGAGAAGUUGCGAAUAUUUCGAAUUUGGAAAAUAUUCGAGUAUUUUGAAAAGUGCGAAAGAGCCAAAGGUUUGUUUUUUUGAGCAAACAUUGAAAAUAAUAAAAUUUUAAAAAGUUUUUCAGAGUCUUCCAAGACGUCAAGAUUUCUUCGACGCUCGCCCGUCAGUGGCUGUAAUUCGCAGCAAAAACUCGGGAAUGGUUCGAAAUCGAAUCAAUCAAUUUCAAGAAAUCGAAAGAUCUAACGAAUCGAUCUCAAGUGGAAGAUCUUCACAGUUAUCAGUUCGAACAUCGGAUCGACUUUCCGAUGCUUCUUCAUCAAAUGAUACAACUCUGACAACUGCGAAUUUCGACGUUUCUUCAUCUUCCGGAUCUCAACAUCGUUUUUGA